UCCCGGCAAAACCCGCAUCCAUCUCAUCGCGCCAGCGACGAGAAAUUGGAGGGAAAAGCUGCCAUUCAUCUUUCGAGUCUAGUCGCAGUGAAAGCUCUCGGAGCUGAAUCCUGCCGACGGGACUAAGCGUUAGAUUGUACAUUUCUCCGCGUUGAAGAAGGUUUGCUGAUUCUAUACGUGACGCCGACGAGUGAAAACUUCGAUCACAACCUUCGAGGAACGUGUUGCAAAGGCCUGUGGAUUGCCAUCGCCCUGUGAGAGGGUUUUAGGCUCAGGCGGCCUUGGAAUGGUUUCGAAUUCGGUUUGGUUCUCGUGAAAGGGUCUGCGUUUCGAGGAGGAAGGAAUUGGGAAAAUGCUUGUGAUUGGAAAUCUCUAAGGUUAGUUUUGCAUUGUGGAUUGGAACCGGGGCUGCGUGGCAGCCGACGACACGGUCGGGCCUAGGGUUUAGUAACAUAUCAUGACAACGUCGAAGGCAAGAGCUGCAGGCUGAGUUUGCUUGGAUAGGACAGGUGAAGCUCCAAGAUUCUGAGGUUCACGCAAAGAUUGUUGAGAACCUUGGGUGAAUUUUGAGGCCUUCGCGAUGGCGACUGACAGUAGCCUCCACCAGUUCGGCAACAUUUUAUUAGGCGGACGAGGUGGCAUGAACCCAGGGCAACUCAAAAUACAUCCAGGUGGUUUUGUUUGGAAGAAAACGGGAGGUGGAAAAGUUGUCGAUGUGGCCAAGGCAGAUAUUACUAGUUUGAGCUGGACUAGGCUGCCCAAAGGCUAUCAGCUCGGAGUUAAGAUGAGAGCAGGUUCGAAUGUAAAGUUUAGCGGUUUCAGGGAACAGGAUGUGGCGAGCUUAAAUCCGUUUCUGCAUGCGAACAUGGGAAUAAGCCCAGAUGAAAAACCACUAGCAAUAAGUGGUCGCAACUGGGGUGAAGCCGAGUUGGAAGGAAACUUGCUGUCCUUUGUUGUUGGCGGGAAGCAGGCCUUUGAAGUGUCCAUAUCAGAUGUGAGCCAAACCCAGAUGAUGGGAAAGAAUGAUGUAGUUUUGGAGUUUCAUGUGGACGACACCACUGGAGCUAAUGAGAAAGAUACUUUGAUGGAGUUAAGUUUCCACGUUCCUAGCACCAACAGCACGUACGUCGGCGACGAGGAAAGACCUUCGGCACAGGUGUUCUUUGAGAAGAUUAAAGGGCUCGCAGAUAUUUCCACUCAAGGCACAGAUGCAAUUGCAUUGUUUGAAGUGAUAACUGCGCUCACCCCAAGAGGACGAUAUAAUGUGGAGCUUCACAUGUCUUUCUUGCGACUUCAAGGACAAGCCAAUGAUUUUAAGAUCCAGUAUAGUAGUGUCGUUCGUCUAUUUAUACUGCCGAAGUCAAAUCAACCUCACACUUUCGUUGUCAUCACUUUGGAUCCCCCCAUCCGUAAGGGUCAAACAUUUUAUCCGCACAUUGUUUUACAGUUUCCUUCCGAAGAAAUAACCGAGUGCAGUCUCUCGAUGAACGAAGACCUUCUGAAUACUAAAUAUAAGGACCGCUUGGAACCCUCGUACAAGGACCUUUCACACGACGUCUUCACCCAAAUAUUGAAAGGAUUGUCCGGUGCGAAGGUAACCCGACCUGGGAAGUUCCGCAGUAGUCAAGAUGGAUAUGCUGUAAGGGCAUCUCUGAAGGCGGAGGAAGGCACUUUGUACCCGUUGGAGAAGAGCUUUUUCUUUUUGCCCAAGCCCCCUACUCUUAUAUUGCACGAUGAGAUCGAGUAUGUCGAAUUUGAGAGACAUGGUACGGCCGGAACAAGCAGUAUAUCAUCGCACUAUUUUGAUCUGCUUAUCCGUCUAAAGAGUGAGCAAGAGCAUCAAUUUCGCAAUAUCCAGAGGAACGAAUAUCACAAUCUUUUUGACUUUAUCAGCUCUAAGGGCCUGAAGAUCUUGAAUCUGGGCGAUGUCCAAGGCGCAAGUGGCGUGGCAGCCGCUUUAGCAGGCUCAGAUGACGAAGGUGUAGAUCCACAUCUAAAUCGGAUUCGUAGUGCUAGAGGUGAAGGCGGAGGUGACGGUGGUGGUGAAGACAGCGAUGAAGAGGAUGAAGACUUCGUUGCUGAGAAGGAUGACGAAGGGUCACCAACGGAUGACUCUGAAGCUGAGGAACCGGAUGCAAGUGAUAGUGGUGGGGACGAAGACGCUGAGGAAGACGAAGACGAGGAUGAAGAUGAAAGACCGGCUAAGAAAGAGCGCAAGAAACGGGAACCAGCUGCUGCUAAGCCUGGAAGAAAGAGAAAGAACAAAGAGGAAGGUGAAGGAGGGAAGAAGACCAAGAGGAAGAAGAAAGAUCCAAACGCUCCAAAGCGCGGUCUGUCAGGGUUCAUGUAUUUCUCUCUGUCGGAGAGAGAGAAUUUGAAGAAAAGUCAGCCGGGGCUUUCCUUCAUUGACACAGGAAAGGUUUGUGGAGACAAGUGGAAGAAAAUGUCAGUGGAUGAAAAAGCACCCUAUGAAGCGAAAGCACAGGCAGAUAAAGAAAGGUACAAGCGGGACAUGUUAGAGUUCAACCGUGGAGGUGCUGGAGGUGGCCCAGCAGAGGAUGGAUCUGAUGAUGAGUAGAGGCGAUCAACCUUAAAUUGCAUUCUCCGUCUUUAUGAAUCCAUCUAUAAUAAGACCGUGAGUGUUCUUGUGCUCGAAGACAAAUCCAAGCUAUCCACAUUGAGCUGAGAAGUGCCAAGCAGAACGGAGUAAUGAAAGUUCAGUGGAAGCCAUACAUGGAGUCCAGUCGUGACUACUUGCUGUUAAACAGCAGAGAUCAGUUUGCGACCGAGUAGCACAGAGCCUGAUGUUUCAAGGGCAGACAGUUCCGUAAUGUACGUAACCGCUCAUCUGGUUGUGGUCAAGGAGACCGCGGCAGGCAUACGAUGCUGGAAAAGAGCAGGGAUUUCUACAUACCUAUUGUUGUCAGAUACGAAGAGCUUGGAGAGUGGUGAAACAGUCCACUGCUGUAGUCGGCAACUGGAGAUAUUUAACUUAGGGGAGAGGUUCAGUUCAUUUAUUUGGCCCGGGGAGUUCUCAUAUCAUAGACUUGACCCCGAUUCCCAGUUAAGCUCUUGGUGGUCGUAUAGCUCCGAGUGGACCACCGAUACUGCUUUUCCAACGGGCGCGUUCAUGGGGUUAAACACGGAAAGAGAGUACGCACUAGUGGUUGAAAUGGUGGAAUUCCAUAUUUGUAACACCACAGCGUUGUAUAUUUUGAGGCAAUUUUGGUUCAUGUGAAUCUUUCCCAAGACCAUGGAACAGCGUGAGGCUUUUUUGCUCUAUGCAUCUGAACUGGCAUUUACAAAAACCCACAUGAUCCAACUCGUCUUGUUUUUAGCGCA